AUGAUUCCCCGUACCGAAGUUCUGAUUAUCGGGGCAGGUCCCACUGGCCUCGUCCUCGCCCUAUGGCUCACCCGCCAGAAUAUCAAGGUGCGCAUCAUCGACAGACAAGAAGCCAAGCCGUCCACUUCUCGCGCUUUGGUGAUCCACGCUCGCACACUCGAGCUAUACCGUCAGUUAGGCCUCGCUGACGACGUGGUCGCCAACGGACACAAAAUCGAAGCUACCAAUAUCUGGGCCGAAGGUGCCCACCGGGCCCAUAUUCCCAUUGGUAAUGUCGGGAAGGGAUUGACUCCAUACCCGUUCAUUCAUAUUUAUCCUCAAGAUUUCCACGAGAGAUUACUGGAAGACCGCUUGAAUGCGAUGGGGGUCACAGUGCAACGGAACUGGGAAUUGGUCGACUUUGCCGAGCAUGACGAGUACAUCGCGGCUCAACUGAAACAUACAGCCGAGCAGCCGAAUCCAACGAAAGGCGAGAAAGCAGAAUUCUGCGAAGCAACCUACAUCGUAGGCUGUGACGGCGCCCACUCCGCCGUCCGUCACGCCUGCAACAUCGACUUCGAAGGCGCAACGUAUCCCCAGCUCUUCUACGUGACGGAUAUCGAGGGCAGCGGGCCGACGCUCAACGGCGAGGCACACGUCACUCUCAACGGACCCGAGUUCAUGUUAUCUCUCGCAUACGACCAAGGCCGAAAGGCCCGUCUCUCGGGCGCCGUGGACGAAGCACGCGUAACCAAAGACCUCGCCGAACUCACCCUCGACGACGUCGCACCAGCCACGAUCAAGAACAUGGGCCUGCAGAUCGACAAAGUCAACUGGUUCACCACCUACCGCGUGCACCAUCGCGUCGCAGCGAGCUUUCGCAAGGGCCGUGCGUUCCUCGUAGGUGAUGCAGCGCAUAUCCAUAGUCCUGUCGGCGGACAGGGCAUGAACACGGGCAUCGGUGACGCAAUCAAUCUCGCCUGGAAGAUCGCAGCGGUGGUGCAUGGAAAAGCUGAUGCGUCACUGCUGGACAGCUAUGAUCCUGAGCGCCGUGCGUUUGCGAGUAUCCUCGUUAAUACUACCGACCGGACCUUCACCAAUCUCGUUGCCAAGGGUUACGUGGCGAAUUUCAUCCGAACCUGGGUCGUCCCGACCGUCAUGCCGAUCUUGACCCGGUUCGACGGGUUCAGACACCGUGUGUUUCAAGGCGUGUCGCAAAUUAUGCUGAAUUAUCGCGACAGCGCUUUGUCCGCGGGUGCUGCGGGUUAUGUACAGGGCGGCGAUCGGAUCCCGUGGGCGCCUGUGGGGGACGUCGAUAACUUCGAAAGUCUAAGGGAAAUCACAUGGCAGGUUCAUGUAUAUGGGAAUACGAAGCUGGAGUUGGAGGAUUGGUGUCGCGCAAAGCGUGUGCCUCUGCGAAACUUCGCCUGGGACGAGAAGUACCAAGCGGUUGGAUUUGGGAGAGACGCAGCGUACCUGAUUAGACCAGAUACGUACGUGGCCGUUGCAGAACCGUCAGGUCUUCCAGAGCGGUUUGAGCAGUACUUGGAGGAGAACAAAAUCCGUCUGGUCUGA